AUGCCUGAGGGCACUCAAGUAGGUGAAUCCAGCAACCCUAGGCUAACGCUUGUCACCGGCAACGAUGGGAAACGUAGGGAAGUGCAGGCAUGCCUUGCGGGGCACGUUCUUGUCGAGAAUGCCAAGUUGGACCUCCCCGAGAUCCAAAGCAGCUCAGUGGCUGAGAUAAGCCGAAAUAAGGCCCUCGCAGCGUACGAACUUCUCAAACGUCCAGUACUAGUGGAAGACACUGCUCUCUGCUUUGAGGCACUGGGAGGCCUCCCAGGCCCGUAUGUCAAGUGGUUUCUUGAAAAAAUGGCUCCUGUAGGGCUUGGCAAACUUCUACAAGGGUUUGACACUCGGCGCGCGUAUGCUCUCUGCGUCUUUACCUACUGCGCAGGUCCGGAUGCGGUGCUGCAGUUUGAGGGAAGAUGCGACGGCACGAUUGUGGAGGCGCCUCGCGGGGAGGGUGGCUUCGGCUGGGACUCCAUCUUUGAGCCGGACGAGGGUCGUGGACAAACCUACGCGGAGAUGCUUGAAGCGAUGAAGAACCAAAUAUCACACCGUGCCAGGGCCCUUGUGGCGCUUAAAGCACACUUUUGUCAUUAA